UAUAUAUAUGGAUUCUGUUUUUUCGGCGAGGUUUAAGUUUGCCACAUGGACAAGUAAGCAAAGUAAGCGAAAUUCGAGUACCUAUUGCGAACAUACGCGUACUUUACUGGUUAUACAGCAUUCCAACGACUAUCACACCUAACGUGAAAUUUCGGAGCUAAAAAUUAUUAAAUAUCGAAGCUUUCCUUAAACUUGAAAUGGACGCCAGUGGUUUUGUACUUAGUGAAGCACUAAACAUUAGUGAUCUGCUUGGUGAAAACGGAGCACAGUUUCAGAUUAGUACAAAGUAUAAUGAUCACGGUGAAGAAUUUUUUAUGGAAGAUGACUACGGAAGUGCAGAUGAGGACGAGGAUGCCCACCGGAAGAUUAUGAACCCAUGGGACAAGAGUUUUGAUGAGCUGCGGGCGCAAAUGUUCAUGAUUUCCGACUGUAUAUACAAGCAAACCACCAAACAGGGGGUAGGAGACGAAUUGGUUCCGGAUCGCGCGCGGGUUACCAUCGAUUAUAAUGCCUAUUUUGAAGGGGAAGCCUACGCUUUUGAUUCGACGUCGAUGCGUGGAGAAUAUAAAAAGUUUACAAUUGGAGCUUCCGAAGUGUUAAGUGGACUCGAAGAUGCGGUAAAAUCCAUGAAACCCAGCGAAGAGGCACAGUUUGUCAUCGGAUACCAAGUUCUUUUCGGCGAACUAGGAUGCAAACCGCGUAUAAAACCGAAGGCAGAUGCUCUAUUCAUUAUUAAACUGGUAGGAUUUACUGAUCCUGGUGACGCCGAAGCCCUGGACAAGCUUACCCCGGAAGAGCAGAUGUCCUAUGGUGUUGUUAAACAAAAAGUGGUCGAGACUCGAAACCAUGCCAAGGACUUUUUUAAAAGGAACCUUGUGGCAAAUGCAAUAAACGAUUAUCACAAGGCCGUUAGCUUUCUUGAACGAUGUACUGUCAAAAAUGAAGAUGAGCAAAAGGAACAAACAGACACUUUGAUACAACUAUACACGAGCCUAGCGGUAUGUUACAACAAAAAGGACAAUCCACGACGGGCCUGUUCUAUGAUAAAUGAAAUUCGUCGUCUGGGGCAUGUAGAUCAAAUGUCACGGGCCCUGUUCCACGAAGGUAGAGCUCUUAUGAAUCUCGGAGAUUAUGAACGAGCCAAAAAUAGUCUGCUGAAGGCACAACGACUCGAGCCUACCAACAAGGACAUUAGCAAAGAACUCAAAACAUUGAAUGAACGUUGGGAAAAGCAUCGCCAGGACGAGAGAUCGAUUUGCGCGCGAGCAUUCGGGUUAAAGGAACGCAAAGAUGAAAAAUGUUCUGAUGAGCAAAUUCGAUUUACAGAUACGAUGAGAAAAACUUUGAAAGCAUUCGUUGAAGACGAGAAGAGUAAACAGUUGACACUACCGGAAGGGCUUACCGAUAAAGAGAUGAAUACCGUACAAGAUCUGGCAGAUGAUUUCCAACUUAUGUUGAGUCUUUAUAAAGAUAACAGCAAAGAUUUUUACCGGCUUGAGAAAAAAACGACGAUAAAUGAAUGAGUUUAGGUUACGAAGAGUAACAAAUAAUAAAUUUUUUAACAUGACUCUAAGAGCGAUCAAUUCCAGAGAUACAUAUAAAUAGAUUAUUUGGCUGACAUUUAAAA